GCAAGAUACAGUCUGGUCAUUUCUACUGUUUCCUUCUUUGGAAUAAGCCGAGGGUAAUAUUUACAAGCAGUCCCUUUAAAACUGAUAAACAGAUGAGGAUCUUUUGCUUGGUGAUCCGGAAAAGCUCAUGGAAGAGGGGCAAAUUCAGGUCAAACCAAUCCUCAUAGGUAAGACCUCUGAUGAAGGGGGCUCAUUUGUCUCCUAUAUUUUCUCUGACAUCAACGAAAAUCUCAUCAAUCAGGAGCAGCUUCUGGACGGGAUAAGACUGUUGGUGGCAAAUGCAACUGAAGAUUUUGUUCAGACAAUUGCCCUGAGGUACAGUGAAGGAAAUCAAGGCCCAACAAAAUACCGCUCUGCUCUGUCCCAAUUCUUUGCAGAUUGGGUCUUUGUAUGCCCAAUGAUUGAAGUUGCAAGAAAUUUUCGGAAAACUGGGAGUCCUAUAUAUGCCUAUUUAUUCUCACAUCACACUUCAGGGUCAGUUUGUUCUGAAUGGAUUGGGGCAUUCCAUGGUGCUGAGAUUCCUUACAUUUUUGGGACCCUUGAAUCAGUGCUGCCUGUCAAUCAAACAUACACAGAGGCUGAGGCCAGACUGAGCCGUAAGAUGAUGCAAUACUGGGCAGAGUUUGCCAGAACUGGGAAUCCUUCGGGUUUGGUGGCCACCGAGGCUGAGUGGCCGCUCUAUAAUGCCACGGAGCAGAAUUUCUUCCUUCUUAAUACUGAGUCAUCCAAGGAAGUGGAGAAAGAGCCUGAUCACAAUUGUGGUUUUUUAAAGAGGCAUUUUUCAAAGGCUGAAGACCCAC